AAGCAACCCGACUUUUAGCAAUUUCCUUGAUAUAAGCAACCAAACACGUGUCCAAAAUUGAAUCACCAUAUAAAAUUGCUUAUUCCCUGGAUACUAGGAAAUUGCUUAGCUUCCCCCCUUUUGCCAUACAAAAUUGCUAAUAUUCGAGUCUUCUUGCAGGUGAUCUGAACCAGCAAAGCUUCUACCCAGAAUGCCAAAACAGACACGCCAUCCAAUUACCAAUAGCCAGAAGGCUGCCCUACGAGCAUACCAUCAUCUAAAGCCUUAUCUCUCCAAUCUACAGCUUCAGAAGUGGUUUGAAGAGCAAUAUAAGCAGCUAAUCAACCCUUCCUCAGUCUCCCGCAUUCUAUCGCCACGAUUUGCCUUCCUUAAUACCUUAGAACCUCACCUUCUCCCUGAUAAACGACGCCGUACGGAGACCUGGCCGGAGCUUGAAAAUGCACUUUUUAAAUGGAUAAGGAGGGCUGAGAGUCAGAUAACAAUCUCACAAGAGGUUAUUCAGGAGAAGGCAAGGCAAUUUUAGCCUUCACUAUAUCCAGAGAAGGAGAUGCCACAGUUCAGUAAUGGCUAGCUCUACAGCUUCCAGUCUCGCCGGAAUAUCCGAAGGCAUACUCAGUAUGGUGAAGCUGGCAGUCUAUCUCAAGAUGCAGCAAAGGAGAUGCUUAGAAUCUAUCAAGCUCUAAGUGCAUAUGCUCCUCAAGAUAUUUUUAAUUGUGAUAAGACUGGUC